AUGAAGGUCGUCUCCAAGGAAGAAGAGCAGGCGCACUACAGCGCCGUCCUCAAGGGCGGCUUCAUCGGCGGCUCGCUAGGAUUCGGUCUCGGCCUCAUCGGCGUGCUCGGCGCGUCGAGGCGGUACCCGGCGUUCCGGGGGCUGACGCUGCCGUUCCGGUCCUUCCUGGUAUCGUCGUCGGCCACGUUCGGCGCCAUCGUCAACGCCGAGGCCUGGAGCAAUGACUUCCACAAGCACAACAACCCUAUGAACUUCUACAAGGACGAGGCGACGCGCGCCAUGGAGCUGGCCCGCGAGCAGGAGACCCCCAUGCAGCGCUUCCAGCAGUGGGGCAAGAACAACCGCUACUCCAUCGUCUUCGGCUCCUGGGUCGCCGCCAUGGGCGUCGCCGCCGCCAUUGUCGGCCGCAACAAGUACCUGUCGACGUCGCAGAAGAUCGUCCAGGCCCGUGUCUACGCCCAGGGCCUGACCCUGGCCGUGCUGGUGGCCACGGCCGCCUUCGAGACGGCCGACGCGCGCAAGGGCGAGGGCCGCUGGGAGACCGUCAAGGUCAUCGACCCCAACGACCCCGAGCACAAGCAGCUGAUCGAGAAGCGCAUCCACAAGGAGGAGUACGAGGGCCAGGACCUGUGGAAGGACAUGGUCGCCGCCGAGGAGCGCCGGAUGAAGGAGCGAGAUGCCGCCAAGCAGAACGGCAACGGCGGAAAGAAGAGCGAGAAGCCGGAGGAGAAGCAGGCGCAGUAA